AUACAAUAGUAUCCGACGCCUGCUUUGUAACGAACAGAGAUACUCACGCAGUCUCUCAUCCGACCUUUCUCAACCUUCUUCUCGUCCAUCCUAAAACCCUAAUUCCUCUUUUUGCAUGUCGAUUGAAGCUCUUGGACUUAUCUAUAUCUCUCCUAAUCUUCUACAUCAACCAAUUCAAUGAAUAUGGACAUUGAUCCUUUAGAAUCAAAUACCGAUACUCUUAGGCAGAAAUCAGAAACCUUAAAAGCCCUUUCUAAUGGCGCUAUUUCUUCCUCAAUUUUCAAACUUUCUGGAUCAUCUAGGGCUUUACCUUCGGAGAAAGAUUUUCAUUUCUACUACAAUUUCGACGAAUUUAGAGCUCCUAUUGAUGAAAUUAGCUCCAAGUCUCAGUCCAUGCUUCAACAAAUUAAUGUAGCCAAACAAUUGUGGGAUGGGAAAGAGAUGGAGUUUCCUCAAGAUAUAGAUGAUGAAUCCUAUGAUUGGCUUGUAAAUGUUAACGAUCUAGUUCUAGAAAGGUUUGACGUGUCAGUGGAUGAGUUUUCGAGGUUGCGGAAGGCGGAAGAAGCAGCAGCCAAGGCACGACCUGUAGUUGAUGAGAAUGGGUUUCAGUUGGUUUGCGGGAAGAAGAAAAAGCUACCUGUUAUUGGUGGAAUGAAAGAGAAAGAGGAAAAUGUGUCUUCUCAACCUGUCCGAGUCCUUGAAAGGGACAAGAAGACAGAAGGACCAAAGCCUAAGGUCCCGUUUCAUAUACCGACAAUUCGGAAGCCGCAAGAAGAGUACAACAUAUUGGUGAAUAAUUCUAAUCAGCCGUUUCAGCAUGUUUGGUUGGAGAAGAGUGAGGAUGGCUCGAGGUUCAUUCAUCCAUUGGAAAAGCUAUCUAUUUCUGAUUUCUUGGACUGUAACAUUGAUCCUCUUGAGCCAAUGAGGCCACCUCCACUAGAAUCUACUCCAUUCAAAAUGGUCGAAGAAGUGAAGGAUUUGAAGGAGUUAGCUGCUAAACUAAGGAGCGUGAACGAGUUUGCUGUUGAUUUGGAACACAAUCAGUACCGAUCAUUUCAAGGAUUGACAUGUUUGAUGCAAAUCUCUACCAGAACAGAAGAUUUUGUUGUUGAUACUUUGAAAUUGAGGAUUCAUGUUGGCCCAUAUCUAAGGGAAAUCUUUAAGGAUCCUACCAAGAAAAAGGUUAUGCAUGGAGCAGACAGAGAUAUUAUAUGGCUUCAGCGAGAUUUUGGCAUUUAUGUGUGCAAUCUAUUUGAUACAGGACAGGCUUCAAGAGUGUUACAAAUGGAGAGACAUAGUCUGGAGCAUCUUCUUCAACACUUCUGUGGAGUUACCGCUAAUAAACAGUACCAAAAUGCGGAUUGGAGGUUGCGUCCACUUCCACAUGAAAUGCUAAAGUAUGCCAGAGAAGACACACACUAUCUACUGUAUAUUUACGAUCUGAUAAGAAUGAGGCUGCAUUCGGAGUCAACUGAUCCUGAGAACCGUAAAGAGCUUCUACUAGAGGUUUACAAGCGCAGUUAUGAUAUAUGCAUGCAGCUUUAUGAGAAAGAGCUGUUAACCGAUACUUCAUAUCUUUACAUAUAUGGUGUGCAGGCAACUGAUCUUAGUGCUCAGCAGCUAUCCAUUAUUGCUGGUCUCUGUGAGUGGAGGGACGCUAUCGCUCGUGCAGAGGAUGAAAGCACUGGUUAUAUAUUACCAAAUAAAGUGCUCUUAGAAAUUGCCAAGCAGAUGCCUCUGACUACAAGCAAAUUGCGACAUUUGGUUAAAUCAAAGCACCCACAUGUAGAGCGUAACCUGGGUUCUGUGGUCAGCAUCAUCAGGCAUUCUGUUCAAAAUGCUUCGUCUUUUGAAGCAGUAGCUGAGCAGCUGAAAGAAGGUCGAAUUCAGAUGGAACUUGAAUUAAAUAAUGCAGGCGCCGAUAUCUCAGAGGAUCAGACUGCUAGUGAAAAUAACGUUGAAGGGUCUAAUGUUAGCCAGGAUGAACAUUGUCCAGUUGUGCAGAUGAAAGAAGAAAGUUUGAAGCUUACUUGCCAUGACCCUAAAUCAAGGAAGGAAAGAUAUAGGGAUCUGGUUAAGAAUAUUAGUCAAAAUGGGAUGGUGGCAAAAGAUGCUAUUGAGAGUGAUCUUGCUGAAUCUAAGAGAGAACAGAUGUUUUCUAGUCAGAAAAACGUUGCAGAAACUACUGUUCAGCUGAUGAAGAAGCCAGGCCGUGCUUUUGGGGCACUUCUGGGGAGUUCUACUUCCAAAAAGAAACCUGAUUUGAAAAAGGAUGAGGACAAAUUGGAGCAGAUUAAAUCUUCUGUGAAUCUUUCAUUCUACCAAUCAUUUUCAUACAAUAGGGCGCUGGAGUUGAAGCAAGAACCUAAACAAGCUUUCAAAGAACCUAAGCAAUCCUCUAGUGCUCAGGCCAUGGGGGAGGGCUCUUGUAAACCAUAUGUGAGCAGUAAGUCCGACGAUGUAAUACUGUUGGAUGGUGAUCAACAUUCCAUUGAGGAACCUGAAGAACCGGAGAAUAGUUUUGAGGUACCACCUGGUGAAGGGCAGACUUCUGUGUCGUCGCACUCCAAAUUAGAUGAUAUUAUUUUAUUGGACAGCAGUGAUGAAGAACCCGAUGAUAGUUCAGCUCUAGAUGAAGUUGGUGUAAACACAAAGGAUGUGGUAGCUGCCGUUGAACCGGAGUUGGUGAUUCUGGAUGAAGAUGAAGAUGAAGACGAGGAUGAUGAGCAAAUAACAUUGUCUGAUUUAUCAUCUAGUUUCAAGAAAUGCCUCAAGACUGUUAAUGAGAAGAACAACGCAAGCAAACAUGAAAAGGAGUCGGAAGAAAGUAGUAGCCAUGGUUUUAAGCCGUUUGAUUAUGAAGCUGCAAAGAAAGAGUUUAAAUUUGGGAAGGAUGCAGAAAAAAAAUUCAAAACUGGUGAUAACAUCGAUAAUCAGUUAGGAAAGAAAAAAGAUGUAUUGGACAAGAGCAAGAAAGAUGAAGAUGUACUACUUCCUGAAGGUAAAAAGCGCCAAGCUUUUCCUACCAGUGGGAAUCGGAGUGCAACAUUCAGGUAAGUCGGGGAAUGGGGGGAACUUUGUUUCAUUGCGUUGUAAGUUGUAUAAUAGGGAUGUGAUUAGAGAAUUUGAUAAAUAUAGUUGGAUUUGUAAAAUUUAGACCAAAUGUUUGGAUUUAAUAGAAAUGCAGGAGAAAUUUCUAAAUGAGUUGGGCGUUGGCACAUUGAACAUAGACUCAUCAAACUGGUCAAGUAUAGUUGGGUUUAAAUUGGGUGCUCACCCCUUCAGCUUAUUUUGUAGCUUUUUCAGCUAGCUUUUCCGCUAAACAUGAAAAGCUACUCAACCCAGUGUUUCUCCGUAAAAUUCUUGUAUGAGACGGUCUCAUCGUGAGAUGGGUUUUAUAUAUGGGUUAAAUAGUUCAAUAAUACAAAUUAUUAGCAUAUCACCGAUAGAUGAUCUUUCACGAGAAUAUUCUUUCUCAUAUAUCUUACGUACCCCAUCUCCUCAUUUCUCUGUUGCGUGCAAACAAGACAACGGAGCAAGAAAUUAAUUAUAUUUUAGAAUUAUUAUUGUCCUUAAACCAA